GUCAGSUGGACUUUGAUCAGGAUGGGGGUAAAAGACCGCCCUCAGUGUUACUUUGAUGUGGAGCUCAACCGGGAGCCAGGUAAGAGCGUUCUCUGUCGUGUUUAAAGGUAGGAUGAUUAUUAAAGUCAUGUAGUCAGCAGGACUUUCAACUAACAUUCUUUAAAAAGAAGUUUUAAUCCAUGUGUUUUUGUUUUUGUGUGUCCUCUGAGCUUUUAUGCUACAAAAUGAAAGUGGAACACCCGUUGGGCGCAUCGUCUUCCAGCUUUUCUCAGAUAUAUGUCCCAGGACAAGCAAAAACUUUCUCUGUUUGUGUACUGGUGAAAAGGGAACAGGGAAAAUCACAGGGAAAAAGCUGUGCUACAAAGGCUCCACUUUUCACAGAGUUGUGAAAAACUUCAUGAUACAAGGAGGCGACUUCACAGAAGGAAAUGGAAGAGGAGGAGAAUCCAUUUAUGGCGGCUACUUUGAAGAUGAGAAUUUUAUUCUCAAACACAACAGACCCUUCCUGUUGUCCAUGGCCAACCGAGGGAAGAACACCAACGGUUCUCAGUUUUUUAUCACGACAAAGAUGGCACCUCAUCUUGAUGGCGUCGACGUCGUCUUCGGCCACGUCAUCUCUGGUUUUGAGGUGAUAAAGAAGAUCGAGGGGCUGAAGACGGACUCGGCGAGCAGACCCUACGCUGACGUCAGAGUGGUGGACUGUGGGCAACUGAUCACCAAGUCCGCCAAUGAUGUGCUCGAAGGCAAGAGGAAACGAGCCUCCCUGAACUCAAACGACACGUCCUCCCGCUCGUCGGCCGAGUCCGAAGUCGAACCGGAACAAAGUCUCAAACAACACAAGAACAAAAAACGUGCAAAAGUUAAACAGACCAAAAAGAAACGGAAAGUGGGGAAGAAGAAGAUGACUGUUCUUCCUUCUAAGCAGAAUCUACCUGCAGAGAAAGAGACUGGACAGAAUGAAGAAGAGAAGGAGCCAGGUGGGAAGAGGGGGAAGCCCGUUGUCCGGCCGGAGGAAAUCCCGCCCGUGCCGGAGAACCGCUUCCUGCUGCGACGGGACGUCAUUCCCGCCCAGGAAGUUAAAGCAGAAGUGUCCGUAAUCAAAGAUAAAAUCACUCUAGAAAAAGAAGAAACGAUCCUGUCAGCUGACCAGAAACCAGCUGUGUCCAAGUCUGGACGCAAAAUCCGAGGCAGAGGAACGAUCAGAUAUCACACUCCUACGAGGUCCAAGUCCCGUUCUGCAUCUGUCGAGGAGCGUGGAAGCAGCGAAACACCGCCUCACUGGAAGGAAGAGAUGAAGAGGACCAAAAAUUAUCAUCCUCCCAGUGUGGAGAGGUGGAGCAAAGGAGACAAACUGAACGACCACUCCUCGAGCAGAUGGGACGACGGGAGCAACUCGGCUUGGUCCCAGUCAGGAGAAUGCUCCUCCGACCGCAGCUCAGAGAGGUCCAGCCUGCAGCGCCAGGCCAAAAAGGAGAAGAAGAAGGCCAAGCACAAGAAGAAGAGCAAGAAACGCAAACACGGCAAGAAGAAGAGCGUUAAGAAGAGCAAACCUCAGGAGCCGUACAAGUCAGAAGAUGAAAGGUCGGCGUCUUCAGACAGGAAGUCAAGAAGAUCCCACUCACUGACUCCUUCUCCUUCUAGUCCGCGACAUUCGUCCACCAGGAAGAGACAACGGUCCUCGCCGUCUUUCUCAAAGUCCAACUCCAGGUCCUACACAACCAGCCGAUCCAGGUCUCGAGGACGAUACAGGUCCUACUCCAGGUCCAGGUCCAGGAGCCUCUCCAGGUCGAGAAGUCGAUCUUUGUCCAGAUCCAAAUCUCCAUCCUUCUCUCAAUCCCGAUCAAGAUCUAGGAACAGAUCCAGGUCUAAGUCCAGAUCAAGGUCCAGAUCUAGAUCCAGAUCGACUUCUAGGUCCGAGUCUAGAAAAAGGAGUCUUACCAGGUCUCCAAAAAAAAGAAAAACCAUCAAACCCAAACCAGACGUGGUGAUGAACGUGACCGAGAAGCUCCCAGAGACCAAAAUCACGCUGGUCUCCAAACUGCCAGCAGUCCCGGUACCUGAAAGGGUUCCUGUCAUCCCGCUGAGCGACAGUCCGCCCCCCUCCCGCUGGAAACCGGGACAAAAACCCUGGAAGCCCUCCUACAUUCACAUCCAAGAAAUCAAAGCCAAAGUAGCACCCAGUAAACCCUCUGCUGUCGCACCGGCAGUGGAAAUAACCACAGAAACACCUCUGAUCAACAUGAAACCAGAGGACUCUCAGGACCACAAACCUGCACGCCGUUCCCGCAGCAGGUCGUCCAGAAGCAGGUCCUACAGCCACUCUCACAGCCCAUCCAGGAGCAGGAGCUCCAGUAGGUCCAGGUCCAGGUCCAGGUCCUCUCACAGGUACAACAGCAGGUCAUUGUCCCACAACAAGUCGGACUCUGAAAACGAGCAGAAGACGAGUAGCAACAAGAAGAACUCAUUGGAGAAGGAGUGGAAGGAGUACUACAGCUGUCUGAAGAGGGUACAGAAUUUAGACAAGUACAUUUCUCUCAGUAACAGUGGAGACGGCUUCUCGGCUCUGGAGAAGGGAACCGGCAGUGAGAGGAGUCCCGACGCCGUCGCCUCUUUGGAGACGAUAGAAGAAAGGGGCGACUCGCAGGAACCCGGGACCAAUCACUCCAACUCGCUGCGGGCGGAGAGACUCAACAGCUGGUCCGAAUGCGACAGUGACGGCGAGCGGGUGAGCCGAAGCGACGGCGCCGCCUCGGCAAAAAUGCAGAAGCAAGAUGUUCAGUCUGGAGAAGUUCCGGUCAAAAAGAUGUCCGCGUCUACCGGCUGGAACUCAGACAGCGACUCUGAGAACCUAACGACCAGGACGGCGGCCAUAUCUGAGAAAGAGGAAGGAGAGGCCACUUCUGAAUCGGAUUACGAGACUUUAAAGAAAACCCCCGAGGCAUCUUUAGCGUAUAAGAUAGCAGCCGCUGCCGCCGACUCCUCCUCCUCGGUUUCAGGUCAGUCCGACCAAAGUCCCGAGAAGGUCGUAGAGCCAGAGAAGCACAAGAGCAAGAAGAAAGCCAAACGGAAGCACAAACACAAGAGGAGGAGCGAAAACAAGUCCAGUUCUCAUCCCAGCAAGGACAAGGCCAAGAAAUCCAAGAGGAAACACCAGAAGCUGAGGGAGACGUUCCACUGGCAGCCUCCGCUGGAGUUUGAGGAGGAGGAGGAGGAUGAAGCUAAAAGGGACAGACGCAGCCCUGCUGGAGCCGUUAAAGAUGAUUCCGGCAAAGAGGUGACCGCAAAGGAAAAUCCUCCCAAAGUCGAAGACAGAAGUCAGCAGAGAUUAAAAGAAAGCAGCGACAAAAAUGCCAAACACUCGGAGCAUUCGUCCAGCGGUGCAAACGGCGGCGCUCACUUACAGAAGGUCAAAGAGCAGGAGACGCUGGAGGACAUGGACAUCUGUACCCCAGAGCACGACGUGGACAUCAUCGAAACUCCUUUCACACGGGAUCUUUACAAAAAUGCUUCUGAAGUUGCCCUAAAAUCUUCCUCAGAGUCGUCUGAACCGGCCAGCAGUGACAGUGCUUUACUUCAGAGCAGAGAACUUCCUGUUUCCUCCACAGCCGCCGCCGCCGCCACCGGGCAG